AUGACUGCGGAGCGCAGUCGGAAUAAGGAGCGUAUGGAGGCCAGUCUGACCGGACUCUGUGAGCUGGAGCUCCGCAAGCAGAGGCAGGAGUGCCUGGUCCUCGGUGCUCUGGCCCUGGGGGAGCCCAUGCCCGAAAAUUACACAAGGAACGAGCUAUCGGGUUUCAGCAGCUGGGGGCAAGAGAACUUGACAUUGAGACGUCAUCUGAGUGCGCUCCAGAGCUCCCCCUGGGGGCUGAUGCUGGCACUGGAACAGCAGGUAGGCGAGCUGAGAGUGGACACAGAUGAUGUCACCUAUGAGGGGACCCAAGGGGACAUGGGGAACAGUCGGCCCAGCUCAGGGUUCUAUGAGUCGAGUGAGAGCCAGUCUCCAAAGGGGCAUUCCUGUCGCUCUGACUUCCUAGAGCCCCACCCUGGCUGGGGCUUCAGCAGCACAGAGAGGCCCAAGUCUCUGGGAUAUGCCCUCCAGCUGACAGGUGAGAGUCUGAUGGAGUCAGCCCCUCAUGCCACUGUUCCCCUCUCCUUCUCUGCCCCCUACCCACACCUUGAGGGAAUCGCUGAGGAGGGUACGGCCAAGGAGCCCUGGCAGUGGGACCUACACUGUGCCCAGGGUUGGGAGGAUGAGGACCAGGCCACUCAGGAGGAUUUCCAGCAGGCCAUGAGGGUUAAAGGCUACAUCCUGGGUCUCAUCCAUCGCUACGCGCUCUCACCCCGACCCUGCAUGCCUCGUACCAGCCUGGGGCCUGACCCUUCCAUCCCCUAUUCCUCCAGCAUCAACAGGCAGAGCAGCCUGCGAAGGAAACACACUCUUCACACCUCCGAGCACUGCAUCUCUGACCCACAGGACCUCUACCCUGACCCUGAGUGCCAGGCCUGGUGGUGUGACUCGCUAGACAGGGAGGAAUGGGGGGGAGAGGCCCCAUCCAUGGAGAAGGACUGUUAUCGGUCUUUACCCUACCCCCACAUCAGACCCCACUCCCUGGCCGGGGCCCAUCCACCCUCCCUGGACCCCACUUGUGGCGCUCUGGACCCUUGUUUUAGUAGUGCGUCUGAUUCCCCAAAGCACUACCCGCUGCCCAACUCCCCGGCUUCAUAUAACCACUUGGUCAGUGCCCAGUACAUCCCUGGGCAGGCCUGCCACACCCCUGUACACUCCCCUUCACACUUUCCUCCAGAAUGCUCCCCCUCACACUAUCUUCUAGAGCCCUCCAAGCCCAGCCGAACCUUUGUGUCCCCAGACCAGAGCAGCUCAAAACCCAGGGCCAUGGGGAAGAAAAGCCAUGAGGAGAGACAGAGCUCCAAGAAGCCUGGCCACAAGACCUGCCACUCCCAGUCUGAGAACAGUCUGAUGGGGCAGAGGGCACUCCCUAAGCGCAGGUACAGCACAACCGAGCACCCCCAGCACCAGAGGGGCCAGGUCCCAUAUGCAGGCCCCCAGCACAGGAACACCGCUGGGGGGCGACGCUGGUGCUCCACCCUGGAGCUCAGCCAGGAGGAAGGGGAGACCCAGGAUGAGCAGGCCCACAGACGCCCACCUCGUAGGGCCUGCCACACCCAGGCCUGCUCUCAUCCCAACCCCAACCACCACUCCCAGGUCCAUGCCCAGCCUUGCCUCUCAGAAUACCAAGAGAGAGCACCUCUGUGUCGGGGAGAGGGCUAUGUGCGGGCCACCCCUGGGGAGUCAGAGUCUAGCAUGAGUGAGGUGUACUCCCCUGCCUCCAGCUCUCUCUCCAGUGAUUCUGAUGAGGGGGGGCUGGUAUGGCCCCAGCAGCUGCCCCCUUGCCUGGCCCCCUCUGCUUCCUCCUCUUCCUCCUCCCCUAAGGCCUCCCCAGAGGCCUCCUCGCAGCCCAAGGCCUUUGUCAAAAUCAAAGCCUCUCACGCCCUGAAGAAGAAGAUUCUGCGAUUCCGCGCCGGCUCUCUCAAAGUCAUGACCACAGUCUGA